GACCUGUGCCCCUGCGGCCGAGCGGGGGUGGGGCCUGGCUUCCGGCGAGCGGCCAAUCGCGGGGCGCGGGCCGCGGGUCGCGGGGCCUCCCAGCGCCUGCCCGGCCAGAGGCUGCCGGAGCGCAGGAGGUGUGGGGGGCAGGCAGAAGGCCUGGAGCUCCGCGCGGGUCCCCUGGAGACGACGACGACGACGAAGCCGCCUCUGCUAGGCCCUGCUCCAGCCGGCGGAGUCCUCCCGCGCGCCCAGGAGAGCCCGGGCGGUCAGCCCCACUGUGCGCCAGGCGACGAGCGCGGAACCAUGCCGGUGUUGGACCAGGCGUUUGUGACUCUGGCCACCAAUGACACAUACUGCCAGGGCGCUCUGGUGCUGGGACAGUCGCUGAGGACGCAGCGGGCGACCAGGAAGCUGGUGGUUCUCAUCACCUCACAGGUGUCCAGCCUGCUCAGGGUUAUCCUGUCGAAGGUGUUUGAUGAGGUGAUCGAGGUGAACCUGAUGGAGAGUGCAGACUACAUCCACCUGGCCUUUCUGAAGAGGCCUGAGCUUGGGGUCACCCUCACCAAGCUUCACUGUUGGACCCUCACCCAUUACAGCAAGUGCGUCUUCCUGGAUGCAGAUACUCUGGUGCUGUCCAAUAUCGAUGAGCUGUUUGACAGGGCGGAGUUUUCCGCAGCCCCGGAUCCCGGGUGGCCGGACUGCUUCAACAGUGGCGUCUUCGUCUUCCAACCGUCUCUUGAGACGCACGGCCUCUUGCUGCGACAUGCCAUGGACCAUGGCAGCUUUGAUGGGGCAGAUCAAGGCUUACUGAACAGUUUCUUCAGUAGCUGGUCCACGGCAGACAUCCACAAGCACUUACCGUUCAUCUACAACUUGAGCAGUAACACGGCAUACACCUACAGCCCCGCCUUCAAACGAUUUGGCUCGAGUGCAAAGGUCGUGCACUUUCUGGGACCCACAAAGCCAUGGAACUAUAAGUACAAUCCGCAGACGGGCUCGGUGUUGGAGGACGGCUCCGGGUUGGGGACCCAGCACCAGACGUCCUUCCUCAACCUGUGGUGGACAGUCUACCAGCACAGCGUCCUGCCUCUUUACGAGAGCUUCCGGGAUGCGGGAGAGCACGUGGCUCCGGGACACGCCACUGGCGUCGGGGAGCCGUGUGCAGAAUCAGCAGGGUCCAGCCAGCCUUGGCCAGCUGAGGGCCCUUCGGAGGAGACUGUGGUCACGGAGGACAUCCCGCCUUCCCCCAAGGGAUGCCGUUCGGAGGACACGAUAGGGUGGCCUGAACUUGAGACUUCCGCUGGAGUGAGGUGUGACCCAUUAUCACCACCCUCCCCCCAAUGUGCAGACUCCACAGAGACCCAGGCCACCUCGCGGCCUGCGGAUAAAGCAGAAAGUGGCCCGUCUGUGGAAGCCGUGGAACCGAGCCAGGAGCCCCCUGUGGAUGUCACCGGGGACCCCAGUCCUCAGGAUGCUCUGGAGGUUGACCUGGCCGUCUCCGUUUUCGAGAUUUCCAUCGAAGAGAAGGUCAAGGCCCCGAGUCCUGAGGAGGAAAGGAGACACUGGGAGGAGGGACGCAUCGAUUACAUGGGGAAGGACGCGUUCGCCCGCAUCCAGGAGAAGCUGGACCGGUUUCUGCAGUAACCUGACCGGUUGUGUUGCUCCGUGUGUGGUUAUAGACGGUGCUGUUGCAUGGUCCCGUUGCGUGGACAUCUCCUUCCGGCCCUUCAGAGGGAACAGGUGUUCAACUAUGUGCCUCUAUUUAGGGCUGACCAGCCUGAGUGCCUCAAAAAAAUAACGUAGACCAUCCAAAACCCAGCUUGAAGCCCUCCCCACCGCCCCUGCCGAUCCAAGCUCUCCAUGCCUUCUUGGCUGCCCCCCACUUUCAGCAGAUGGGAGCGGCAAUAAACUUCUGGUAGACCCUUAUUCGUGCUCCCUGGUCUUGCCCCAAGGAGCUCCGAGAUGCUGCCUUGGGCAGGUGCUACCGUAUCUGUCCUACGU